GUCCACUUGGCGACAAAUUCGCUCGCCUCUGGGAGGAAGAGGUCGCGAGAGCAAACGGCAAGAAGCGUACCCCCAGCCUCCUCCGAGUGAUCCUCAGAGCGUACGCCGCACGAUGUAUGCUUUACGGAAUGGUGCUGCUGUUCAUGGAGUGUGGGAUAAGGCCGGGCGCAUACCGCGCGCCGUCUCGCACCAGCGGGCCGCUCAAAGCGGGCAACGUGUGUCGCUACGUGCGGCCGGUGCUACGCGACGCGGCGCUACACCGUCGCAGCUCGGCCGCGCAGACGGACGUGUGCGCGCUGCCUAACCGCUGGAGCUCGGAUGGAUACCUGGCUCAUAAGAUAGACGUGUGCGCGCUGCCUAACCGCUGGAGCUCGGACGGAUACUUGGCGCAUAAGUGGGCCUCUCAAAGCAGGCAACGUGUGUCGCUACGUGCGGAUGGAUACCUGGCGCAUAAGAUGUCAGUGGUACCGACGUGUAUGCCGACAUUGCCGCAGCGCGCGGCGCCGGCGCCCGGGCCGUGUGCCGCGCGGCGCCUCACGGUGCCCAAUGCACGGCCCGCGCCCUCUAGAGACGAUUCUAGAAGGAUUCUGCUGAGUGAUAUCGGGUUCACGUCGAUGGUUCCCGAGCUGUCCCGCUCGGCGGACCCCGUGUGGGCGCUGGGCAAACGAAUGCAAGCCGAGUCGCCUGCUUCCACUUCUACUUCCAAGUUUCUGUCUCGCGGCUCGUCUUAUCGCUCGCCUUGCCUGAGCAUCGACCGCAGCAGCGACUGGAUUCCGCAGUCCGUCUAUGUGCCAUCUUCCAGAAUGUACGGCGACUGCCGGGCAUGGCGUAGUUCGCUGCCCGACGUGCGGCGCGCGGGCACAGAAGAACUAUGCCACGAGGCGGACUUAUACCUGCGUCGGUCUACAGACAACCUGCGGUACACUUCGCUCGACAUGAAUACCGGUUGCGUUUGCGGUUGCUCCUGCGUUUGCGUCCGCAGCGGCGAUAUCGCAACCACUACCAUCCCCGAAGCCGUGGACGUGGACAAUGUGGGCUUGGGAAACGUGGGAAUAAGCGUGGGCAACACAAGCGUGGGAUUGGGCAGCGUGGGCGUGAGCGGGCGGCCGUAUAUCCCGCGCGAGCCGAAGCAGUUACGUUUAGGGCAUAUGGUUAAAGUCAUCGCGCCGCAUGGAAGGCUCGUUAUUGGCCGUGUUCGCUACGUAGGCCUGGCGGGCGGGACCGCAGCAUCCAGCGGCAUGGUGGUAGGGGCGGAGUUCCCGUGCGCGCAGGCCCCGGGACUGGCCCGGAAUGACGGGACACACCGCGGCCGCCGCUACUUCCUCGCGCCGCCCGGACACGGAGCCCUAUUCGUGCCCUUCUCGAAAGUCGUCAUGGCUUGGGCCAACUGAACGUCUUUUGUUUUACAGUAAGUUUCAAUUCACGUUCUAUUCUAAUACCGGUCGCAGAUAUGUGUCAAGAUGUUUGCAAAGACGUUUGUCAAGGUGUUUGCAUAGAUGUUUGCUAAGAUAAACAAAUUGGGGUAGCUGAACGAACAGAGGUACCAUCGGCAACAGUGUUAACUAUCCAUUGCCUGUCAUGUCGUCUCGUUCUAUCACAAAGAAUCACCAUUUAAUGAGAGCGAGAGCAAAAACGGAAAUGGAUAUUUAACAGUGUGGCCGUGUGUACCUCGGUAUCACCUUUUUGCUUUCGUUGAUGUUCUAUUCUAAUAUCGGUCAUAGAUAAUGUGUCAAGAUGUUUACAGAGAUACACAAAUUCGUGUAAGUUGAAAAAACGGUGGUACCCCAGUAUCACCUUUUUGCUUCUGUUGAUGUUCUAUUCUAAGAACAGCGAUGCGACUGUUUCAACUUAAAUUAAACAUAAUAUGUAGACAGUUUAUUUCAAAAUGUAAGUUCUCUACACUUACUUUAUUUAAAAGUAAAAGUUAUCUAUACUUUUCAGUUAGAAACCAAAAUGUAGAUCGAUUGCAAGAUUAUAGUGAAUUUAUCUUAGCGCUAGAUGGCGCUUCCCAAUGCAAAAGAAAUGUUUUAUUAUUUACAGUACAGUAAAGGUAACUUUUAAAACACACACUUAGGCGGUAAGCCGUUAUAAGGGAAAAUGUAUUACAUAAUAGCAAUGUUAGAGCAAUAAAUGAAACUAUGCCAAAGAAUAUGCUUAAUACUUUCAUUUUUGAUCGAUUUAUAUCAUAAACGAUUGCGAUUGUAAAGAGUACGGUACCUAACUAAUAAAAUAUGAUUAUUUACAAUGUUUGAAAAUAUUUAUCAGUAUAAUAAUUGCCUAUAGAAAAUAAUGUGUAUAUUGCAUCUGAAAACAUUAUACGAUGAAGUACACUAUAAUGUAAAGUAAUAACUGCAUAAGGCCUAAAUUAUUAUAAACCAUAUUUACAAAUAAAUACACAAUUUAUACAUAAGGAAUUGAAGUAAUGUGCCGAUUGUACUCGAAGAUAUGCACUAUAUUUAUUUUUAAAGUACCUAAACAAAAAAUAAUAA